AUGACAGAAAAAACACAAACAAAAUAUUUCGCUUCACCAAUGAUUUUUACAUCAUCUCCAACAACAUUAAUAGCCAAAGAAAAAUCAAUUUCGAACAUCGAAACUCUCAUCAAGUACUCAAUCAACCAAAAGAAAUGUAGAAUUGAACAAAUGUGCCUAACAUUCAAUCCUCGAGAAACCUUGUACAAACUUAAAAUUAACUUUGAUUCCAAGAAUCCCAACACUGAAUUGAUUGAACAAGGAUUUGAAAUUAUCAAAAGAAAGCAAGAAACACACAUAGCAAAUUGCAUACUUCCUGAAUCAACAAGUGAACUCGCAAUUACCAAAGCAAUUAAAACACUAUGCAAGAACACAACCAUCAAAUUCGAAAAAGAGAGACUCAGUAUUAAGAAAAAGGUAAAAGAUACCUAUUCAUACUUAAUUGUUGAAUACAAGCUUAAUGACAUCAACGAAUUGAAUAGACUAACCUCAACAAGAUUCAUUGCUCCAAGAUUGAACAAUUUCAAGACAGUUCAAGCCAAAGUCAACCGCAUGAACGUGCGUUUAAUAGUUUUACCAGCACCAAUGGUGCUAACAAUAAACUAA